GGAACCGCGGGCGGGCGCGGCGGCAAGCGGGCCGGGUCGGCCGAGGGAGCGCGGCGGCGGCCGCCCGGGGCCCAGCGCAGGUAGGCUCCACGGCGGCCCGGUCCCGCCUGGGGCAGGCACCUGCUGCCCGCCGUCGGGGCCCGGCGCAGCGUGUCGCAGCCCUGCCACUUGCUCGCAGCGAAGGAAAGACCUAGCCCCUGGACCUCUCUCCACAGCGAUGUCGGAGCUCAGCGAUGAAGCCAGUGAGCCAGAACUCUUGAACCGCAGCCUGUCCAUGUGGCACGGGCUGGGUGCGCAGGUCAGCCGGGAGGAGUGGGCCGUGCCCCUGGACCUUCACACAGCUGCUUCCAUCGGCCAGUAUGAAGUCGUGAAGGAGUGUGUGCAGCGGAGAGAGUUAGAUUUGAAUAAGAAGAACGGUGGUGGCUGGACGCCGCUGAUGUACGCCUCCUACAUUGGACACGAUACCAUCGUGCACCUGCUGCUCGAGGCGGGGGUGAGUGUGAACGUGCCGACCCCGGAAGGGCAGACCCCCUUGAUGCUGGCCUCCAGCUGUGGCAACGAGAGCAUCGCCUACUUUCUCCUCCAGCGAGGUGCUGAGCUAGAAAUGAAGGACAUUCAAGGCUGGACUGCUCUCUUCCACUGCACCAGUGCUGGGCACCAGCAGAUGGUCAAGUUCCUUUUGGACAGCGGAGCGAAUGCCAACGUGAGGGAGCCCGUCUAUGGAUUCACUCCUUUGAUGGAAGCAGCUGCCGCCGGCCAUGAAAUAAUAGUACAGUAUUUUCUGAAUCAUAAGCAACUGCUCUAUUUAUUCAGCACGUUUUCAUCGAGGUCAUUGAUGCUGAGUGUUGCAGGGCACUUAAGCAUUAAGGAUACAGUGGGAGCCCAGGUGGACAGCAGAGACCACAGCGGGGCCACAGCCCAGAUGCUGGCCAGGCAGUGUGGGCACAUGAAGAUCGUGGGGCUGAUAGACGCUCACUCGCCCUCUCUGCCCAGGAGCCUCUACCGGAGCCCAGAAAAAUACGAAGAGCUGAGCUCUUCAGAUGAAUCCUGCCCUGGUCCCCAGAGACAGAGGCCCUGCCGGAAGAAGGGCCUCAGCAUCCAUGAGGGGCCGCGAGCCUUGGCCAGGAUCACAGCUCUCGGACUCAGAGGCAGGAGACCGCAGCCUCGCUGCGAGCAGGCGCCUCCCCGGGGCUACGUCACCUUCAACAGCAGUGAUGAGAACCCCCUGGAAGGGGAAGGCCUCUGCUACAGGGACGUCACCUCCCCCAUCAAUGACCGGGAUGUGGAGAGCAGCAGCUGCAGCAGCCGGGAAGAGCACGGCUUCUGUGCCGACCUCGAGGCCGUGCGGAGCAGCAGCAGCGAGGGCCCGACGAGAGUCCCGGGGGUCAGCAGCGAGGCCUCUUUGGAGAGCAACGAGGAUUCGGAUCAUGCUCAUAAAAGCUCAGUUCGCAAGCAAACUAAAAGUUAUGUGAAGACCAAGAAUCGUUACAGCAACAGUGACAGCCAGUGGCCUCCCAGCACCGGGACUUCUGGGGCAGCCCGUUCCCCAGGAUCCAUCCCCCAGAUCAGGAGCUCCCCCUACUCAGGACCCCAGGACCUCGCCACGCUGCUGGAACAGAUCGGGUGUCUCAAGUACCUGCAGGUGUUCGAGGAGCAGGACGUGGACCUCCGCAUCUUUCUGACCCUCACUGAGAGCGACCUGAAGGAGAUCGGCAUCACGUUGUUUGGGCCCAAGAGGAAGAUGACCUCUGCCAUCGCCCGCUGGCACAGCAGCGCGCGCCCCCCCAGUGACGCCCUGGAGCUGGCCUAUGCCGACCGGCUUGAGGCUGAGAUGCAGGAGCUUGCCAUUCAGCUGCACAAACGCUGUGAGGAGGUGGAGGCCAUGCGGGGCCAGGUGUCACAGGAGCAGGAGCUGCGGGCUGUGGUGGAGAGCUGCCUCCUAGAGCAGGACGGUGCCCGCAAGGACAUCCACGCCCAGCUGCAGGAGACCUGGGCCCUCGCCCGGGAUGCUGCUCUCGCCUUGGACCAGCUGCAAGCCUGUCAAGCUGAGCUGUCGGCCCGAGUGAAGCAAGACGAGUUCCCCCAUGGGGCCACUCUGGGCCCGGCCUCCCCAGCAGCUGCCCCCAAAGGCUGGCAGGCCUCUUUGCAGACCCUGAGCCUCCCUGAGCUUUCACAAGCAUUGGAGGAUCGAGUCCAUGAGAUGGGGCGAGUGCUAUGCUCAGUGACUCAGAGCUUGGAGAAGCUGCAGGCGCUCCACGGGAAAGAGAACUGGCGGGAGCCUUAGCCGGGAGGGACGACUCUGACGUCGGGUGAUAGAUCCACCCUGAAGCUGUGUGCCCAGAGGACAGGAGGGUGGAGAGAGACGGCAGCAGCAGGCCAGGUCCCAGCGGGGCCAGAGGAUUGGCCCCAGGAGCAGCCACGGACAGGACAGGACUUGGCCAGUGUGAGGGCAGCGAGGCCCGCACGGAGGCAGGACGAGGGCCUCUCACCCAGAACCUGGCAGGGCCUCGGGGAGAGAGCCAGUUGCCACACUGAGGUUUGCCCUGCUGGGUGAGGACUGGGGCGCCCGGGCAGCAUAUUGUCAUUUGCUGGAAAAUAAAACUUAAGAUCAGCUGGU